AUGACCACCCACGCGAUUUUCCCAAUAACUUCAAGAGGUGCCGUGCAAGUUUGUGUGGCUGUGAUAUUCGCUUAUGGAGUGUCGGCACUCAAUAUCACGGAGGAGAAGGCAUCGUGCCCCCUUGGAUAUUUCCCCUGUGGCAACCUGACCGUGUGCCUCCCUCAGCUCAUGCACUGCAACGGCAUCAAUGACUGUGGAAAUCAAGCUGAUGAGGAGAACUGCGGAGAUAACAAUGGAUGGCCCCAUCUUCUCGACAAGUAUUUUGGAAUGCCGAGCUAUAACGCUAGGACCAAGUCCAAUGUAUGCUUGCUGGGCGUCGUUCCUGAGCUCUGCCAGUGCCGAGACCUGGAGCUGGACUGUGACGGCACACGGCUUCAAGAUAUCCCAGUGGUGGCGGUGAAUGUCACCAUGAUGUCCCUGCAGAGGAACCAGCUUCAGAAACUGAGAGCAAACACGUUCUUUAAGUACCAGAGCCUACAGAAACUAUAUCUCCAGUACAAUAUGAUCCGAGAUGUGAGUCCUGAUGCAUUCAGGGGCCUGUAUAAUUUAACAAGGCUGUAUCUGAGCUAUAACAAGAUAUCUGUCCUGAAGCCGGGGGUGUUCCAGGACCUGCACAAGCUGGAGUGGUUGAUCCUAGAACAUAACAACAUCCAUCAAAUAUCCUCCAUGACCUUUUCAGGGCUGAACUCCCUUGUUUUACUGGUUUUGUUGAACAACUCUUUGGCAAAGCUGGAUGACAUCUGCCGGGAAAUGCCAAGACUCAACUGGCUGGAUUUGGAGGGAAAUCUCAUUGAAACCAUUGGAAAUGUCUCAUUACACUCAUGCAGCAAGCUGACAGUUCUGGUUUUACAGCAGAACAGGAUCAGCCAUAUACACGAACAGGCUUUCUCAGUCCUCCAAAAGCUUGGAGAAUUGGAUCUAUCCAACAACAGGCUGAUGGCGAUCCCUCACAAUCUUUUUGUCUUACUGGGGGAUUUGCUCCAACUGAAUAUAUCAUACAAUCCCAUCGUGGAGCUCCAAGUGGACCACUUUGACAAACUGCAUAAACUGAAGUCAUUGAGCAUAGAAGGAAUAGAAAUUGAAAACAUACAACGGAGGAUGUUUGAACCUCUCAAACACUUGACUCAUAUCUACUUCAAGAAAUUCCAGUACUGCGGCUACGCUCCUCAUGUGCGCAGCUGCAAACCCAACACCGACGGCAUCUCGUCCUUCGAGGACCUGCUGGCCAACAUCGUGCUGAGGGUCUUCGUCUGGGUGGUCUCCGCCACCACCUGCUUCGGCAACAUCUUCGUCAUCUGCAUGCGCUCGUACAUCCGAUCCGAGAACAAACUCCACGCCAUGUGCAUCAUCUCCCUCUGCUGUGCAGACGGGCUGAUGGGAAUCUACCUUUUCAUGAUUGGUGCGUAUGACCUGAAAUUCCGCGGCGAGUACAACCGGCACGCUCAGGCCUGGAUGGACAGCAACCAGUGUCAGGUCAUCGGUUCUUUGGCCAUGCUGUCCACUGAGGUGUCAGUCCUGCUCCUCACUUACCUCACUUUGGAGAAAUACAUCUGCAUCGUCUACCCUUUCCAGUACUUGACACCUGGCUGGCGACGAACUGUCACCAUCCUUCUCGGGAUAUGGGUGUUCGGCUUUAUUGUUGCCUUCCUGCCCCUGGCCUGCACGAGGCUAUUUCGUAACUUCUACGGGACGAAUGGAGUUUGCUUCCCACUGCACUCUGAGCAGCCAGAGACGCUUUGGGCUCACGUUUACUCCAUCGUCAUUUUCCUGGGUCUGAACUUGGUGGCAUUCCUCAUCAUUGUCUUCUCCUAUGCAAGCAUGUUCUAUAACAUCCAGAGAACAGGGACUCAGACCACUAAAUACAGCAACCACAUCAAGAAAGAGGUGACCAUCGCCAAAAGGUUCUUCUCUAUCGUCAUUACUGACUCCCUUUGCUGGAUCCCCAUUUUCAUCCUCAAGAUCCUGUCACUGCUGCAGGUGGAGAUUCCCGGUACCAUCAGCUCCUGGGUGGUCAUAUUUAUUCUCCCCAUCAACAGCGCCCUUAAUCCCAUCCUUUACACUCUGACCACACGGCCUUUCAAAGAGACCAUUCUGCAGGUAUGGGCUAACUACAGACAGAGGAGGCCUCUGCUCAGCGGUCACCCAGCUCAUCAUCCGUCACUCACCUGGCAGGAAAUGUGGCCUCUGCAGGACAACAGCCACGGCCUCACCACGGGGCACCCGGUGGAAGCAGCAGGCACGCUAGCCAAGCUCACCCCUGUUGAAAACACCAAUGAGGGAUACAAUGACAUUCCCACGUGCACACAACAACAACGCAAGCAACAUACAGUGCUGUCAGUAUGCUCCCAGAAACAAACAAUGCCACACACACUCACACACACCCACAUAUACACACCAACAAGUAAACUUAUCUAG